GAGAUUUUCUAUUAAAUCACACGAAACCAUUGUUGAUAGCUUACCAACAUAAAUGACAAAAGCCAUUGUUUUUCUAGCAAUAAUUGCGUUCUGCAUUGCAAUCGAUGCAGCAACUCUUAACUAUCGAGAUCGCUGCGAAUACAACUGGUGUAGUCACGAAUGUCGAAAGAAGGGGCAUAUUGAAGGUGAAUGCUAUUUCAAUCACAUCACGGGAAAAACGGUUUGUAAAUGUGACACUGCCAGAUGCAAUAAUGCCAAAUGCAAGGAGAAAUGCGAAAAGCAGGGUUAUUUUAAUGGAUACUGUCCGAAUACGAAGGAUCCUUGGUGCCAAUGCAAUCUGGCCUCCAAAUGUGACAUAGAUGAGUGUUAUAAAAAGUGUAGAAGUAUGGGAAAUAGGGAUGGCGGGUUUUGUAGCAGAUAUACGGGAGAUUGUGUGUGUUACCUUUAGAGGAAUCAGCACUAUUGUUUAUCUUCUACAUUGUACAAAUAACAUACAUGGAGAAAAGUAAAUUUGUAUUUUAUA